ACCCCCCCCCCCCCCUCCUGGUGCCCUGCCUUCCUCGUUGUCUUCUCUUCCCCCACCUUUGGCCGUGUUUCGGCAGUAUUUAACUCUGAUUACUCCUUCUCUCAUCUGUCAGUUUAGCAACUAUAACUGCCUAAUUUGUGGCCGGAAGAAAAUUUAUAAAUGCCUAAUUAAUCGUCGUCAGAUAUAGAAGCUAUUAGAGCCAAUAAAAGGGGGGAAGGUCACACAUUCAGCUUUCCUUCCUGGACUCUUCUCGAACUCCUGGAAGCAGGAGGUCAGGUUAGAAGGUUCCGGGCUUCCAUCUACAAGAAGCAAUCGGCGCAGCUCUGUUCUGUUUCUCCUGGCUCCUGCCAUCGUCUGGUAGCUCCGGUUCAAAGCAGGUGGCUGUGGAGAAUACUGUCGGUUGGACACUGGAAUAGUAAAAUGUUGGACAAAAGAUUGCACGGAUGCCUGCUUCUUCUAGUCUUCCUCCUCGCGAACGCAUCAGGCAGCCAUGCUGAAACCACCGUCGAUUCAGAGGAAGGCAAGAGGCGAUCCCUGGCCACGGGGAGCGGCAUGUUCUGCGUGGCGAUGCAGGGCGCGGACCCGGCGGCGCUGCAGGCGGGGCUGAACUGGGCGUGCGGGCAGGGGCACGCCGACUGCACGGCCAUCCAGCCGGGCGGGCCGUGCUACAAGCAGAACAACCUGCAGGCUCUGGCUUCCUACGCCUACAACGACUACUACCAGCGGAGCGCCAAAACCAGCACCGCCUGCGACUUCAACGGCACCGCCACCACCACCCCCACGGAUCCCAGUUCGGGGCAGUGCGUCUUCACAGGAAGCUCCAUGGCCGGCGGCACUCCGGCGGCAAGCGCCCCCAGCGGCCUGUCCCCGUUCACGCCGGGCACGGGUGGCUUCGGCAACGGAUCGUCGUCCUUCGGGAGCCCCACGAGCAGCCUGGUCCCUUUCGAUAGCGCGGAGAGCCUCCUGUCCCGCGCGCGGUGGGCGCUCUGUGCCCUGCUGCUGGCGUUGCCGCUCUUCUUCUUCCUUUGACCAGCAGCAGAGCAGCGCAUGUACAUUGAACUGAAACAUGGGGGCAGCGAGGGCCGCUGCUUGCUAGAGCGUUGUUACAGUUACAUGUUUUGUUCGUCAGUAGAUCUUGUGUGGGUGUACAUGUCAGGAUCGCAUUGGAUGUGUUGGGAGAUUACAUAAGCUGCUACACAGAUGGAUCGUCUGUGGACUGGACCCGUCAUGUUUCCUUGUGUUUUGGUCUCAGAUUCGUUCAUGGUAGAAACCCAGAUGUAAAUGAA